CUCCUUUCUCUUAGAGUGACACACAUAGAUCAUCGCUUCAGUUUGCUGCUCUGCAUCAGAAGAUUGAACGUCUGCAGAAGGAUACUGAUCCUGACUGACUGAAAGCUGACAUCGGUCCCAGAACAUCUUGAGAAUCUUAAUCUGGGGCCAAGAGUGAUGGAGGCAGAGGUCUGUAAUCCGGGCAUAGCAAUGGAUUCAGGUAACCCGUUGCUAAAAGCAGUUUUCCUCAGACGACUGAGGCUCACCAGGCUGCUUUUAGAGGGCGGGGCAUACAUCAAUGAGAGUGACAGCCAAGGCCAGACACCCUUAAUGGUGGCUUGUCGGACCAAGCAUACCGACUCGCAGAGCGCCAGUCGGGUUAAGCUGAUCCAAUUUCUCUUGGAGAGAGGAGCAGAUCCAAACAUUCAGGAUAAGGAAGGACGCUCUGCGUUAAUGCAUGCCUGCCGAGAUCAGGCCGGUCCCGAGGUGGUGUCUUUGCUCCUGGCCAGCGGAGCCGACAUCAGCUUAGAGGACCAGUCCGGAACGUCGGCGUUGGUCUACGCGGUCGUGGCCGGAGACUGGAAGGUACUGAAGCUUUUGCUCGACACAUGCAAGGCAAAGGGGAAGGAGGUGAUCAUCAUAACCACCGACAAGUUUCCAAAUGGAAACCUGCCAGCCAACCAGUACCUCAGCAUGCCUGUAGCCAAUCCCGUCGAUGAGACCGAUCCGAUUACAGCAGCGGCUCCUGCGUCUCCCUCUGAAAUACAGCUGAUCACCUCCCCGCAGUGCACGUCCUCCUCUUUAUGUCCCCCCAAGCAGGUGUUUUCUUUUAAAGAAGGACAGAUCUGCGGUGCCAGCUCCCAUCCGUGUUCACCGUCUCGAUUUCGAGGACUCGGACAAGCAACGCCCGGCGGACUACAGCAACCUCUACAGAGACUGAACUCUGAGCCUUGGUUAAAGAUACCAGCAUCUUUGCUUACUCAACCACGCCAUGCAACUUUUAACAUGACUGAAGAUAUUUCCUUUACAGUUCCCAACCUGGAGAGGGACAGCAGCAACAGCCCCAAAGGCUUCAGACAUUAUGGAAGAAGAUUAGCAAAGGACAGAAGCAUAGAAGAUGGGAAUAAUGACUGUAGUGAACAUGAAGGAGACAUGAUUUCUUUAUCAGGUCUGCUUUCGUCCCACUCUGCCUCUCACCCCAACCUGCACUCUGAAACUCACGGCACAGACCCAGCCGCUGGCUCUUCAGCUCUUUGUAGUGGCAGCAACCUUGGUGCGACCUUUCACGGCAUGGCCUCAUCGAGCCUUCAUCAUGUCAUACAGACACACAAGCUGAGCGGAGAUAUCUACGGCUCCGACCCACAGCUAGCUGUGGGUCUUCAAAGUCUCUCUGAAGAACAGAGAGACAAAGCCCCGUUAGAUGGCAAGAAACUGGCGCCGCUGCGUUGCUCGACCACGAUGGGCUCCAGGGACUCCCUGAAAGGCCACAGCAAGAGGGUGUUCUCUUUGUAUGAGCGCAGGGGUUCCGGGACGUUCCUGCUGGACCACAACCAUCAGGCCAGGCCUAGAUCUCUGCCGCCGUUGACCAAAAAUCCCAACAUCAACGUUGCCAGUAAUGGUUUGGGCAACGGAAGCAUUUUCUCUGAAAAAGAGCUCGGUCCGAAGGGUUUCCUGCCCUGCGCCCCGCCUGGUCAGCCGAAGGAACUGACCCGGAGGAUGCUGUUGAGGAGACACUCGAUGCAGACCGAACAGUUCAAAAGCUCCGUCUGAAAAUGAGCGACAGGGAAAGAGAGUGUUCACUGUGUUCAAGGCGGUUACUGUUGUGAAAUCAUUGUGAGACUUUAUACGAUAAAAAAAACCAACAAAAAAAACAAAACAAAGUAUACUCAAACACACACUGGGCCUGACAUAGAAAACAGGCCACACAGUACAGUGCUGUGAAAAAGUCUUCAUCCCCCCUCAAGAUUUCUUCUUUUUUUUUGCUUUUCUGGUAAACUUAAAUGUUGCAGAUUGCAAGACAAACAUAUCUAGACUAAAUAUGAUGAGCAAUUUCCAAUGAUCGUCUGUUUUAUUAAUGGAAAUGUGAUAGCCAAACCAACCCUCUAAUCCAAACCUGGUUGUCCCGAUAAGGGCGAGACAAGAGAUUAAAUGUUUGCAAUCACUGAGUCAAUGAGAAAAUCCUGAAGAAAAUAAUUGAUUCUGGAACUUAAGCUCAAGCAUUUUGUGUUAUGCACUGUCACUUGUCAAUAAAGAAAGCUUUUACAUUGGCCAGCUUUGUAAACCACUGAAAACACAUCUUUUCUCUUUGGCUUUAAGUUUUAGUGAUGCUUUAAAGUUCUGAUAUAUCUUCAUGUUCUUGUUUCCAUAAAUGUUAGUUAUCUUAACCCCGUUUUUUUAAUCCUAUCUUAAUUUACCUCCAUUUUAUCAUAUCCCUCUUAUCAACCGUUUGACAAGAAAAGGAUGCAAAACACAGCGCCAAGUCUUCGUCUGUAUAGGAAGUAUUGCUGGUCAAAAUAUCUUCUGAUAAUUGUUGCUAACGAGAGUGGCAUCAGGUGCAGAUCUAUGUAAGACCAAGCUGGUUUGAACAACUUUUUCAUACUUGAAAGCACGUUUUUGAAUCCAGUUCUUCUUCACAGCUCUGUACCUCAGUGACGUUCCAACACCAGCAUGUGCUAUGUUGUUAGUUCCUUCAGGUUCUGUCCACUCUAUCCCAGGUAUGUUGUAAAAAUGACACUUUGUGCUCUCUGUGUACCUCUCCUCCACAUCUAGAUAGAUUUUGGGGGAUAACUUAAAAAAAAUAAAAUAAUAUACAGUCUACCAAUGUAGACGUGGAGAUUUUGGAAAUGCUAAAAUAUCAGCCUAAUUCAUUCUCUCUCACCAUCUGUGCUAAAAAUAAAAAACUAGCAGUGGAGCCUUUUGUAAAGACUUUCCCAAUGUUUCCAUGAAACUUUCAAGCAUGAACUGAAAAGCUUAAACUUUAUGUUGUCUGUAAUAACUAACGUAAAAAGUGAGCUUGAUGGGAAGUGAAUAAAUCCUCAGAGUGGAGGGAGGUUCCAGUUAGGCAGUUUUAGCAGAUUUACUAUUUAAAACUCAGCUUUUUUUUUUCUUUUAGCCAAACAGCUUGAACAUAUAGUUUGCUCGUUUUGAUGUCCAGCAUUAAGUGGAGGAAUAAUGUUGUUUUCUGCCCUGCUCUUGUAUAAAAGGCUUUAUCACGGCUUUCCAAUGAAGAGACAACACAGGAUCAAAGCCUGAAUUUAAAGUUUUACCUUCAAAAGUUACAAAAACAUUGAUGACGAUGUGUGCAGAAUUAGAAAAAUGAAUAGCAGUUAUGCCCCCUUGUGGUGAUAAUGACCGAUGAAUUACAAGACACCAAUUUACAAUGGAUAUUAAUACAAAUGCUAUAAAGUGUCUGAAUGAUGCUGCUGUAAAAAAAUAAAAAAAUAAAAAAAAUCGUCAUAUUAAUGUUUAAAAAUGUUUGUGAAAUUCUGU